GAUGCUGGCCAUUCUGGGCCACAGCUAUAUGUACUACUCAUCGUUCUUCCGUUGUCUCUCUUUUUUGGUCUCAGAUGUGCCUUUCGGAACCGUUCUGGCCCGUCACGAUCCGGUCACUCCAACAAAGCGAAGCUUUUUCUACCAGUUAUGGCUUUGCUUGCCUCGACAUCUCUCCUUCUCGCUGGGCUCUAUCUGCGCACGACUUCGAGUGUUCAAAUCUCUGAAACACCUAGCCAAGCCGCUGGUCAUCCUCCCGUGUUCACACUCCCCCCUUCGGCUGACCGGGGCAAAAACAUCCUCCCCAACAUCAAGGACCCCAAGGCCAUCGACCCUCAGACAGUAUGUCCGGGCUACAAGGCAUCCAACCUGCAAGACACCAAGGACGGCUUCACCGCGGAUCUUGACCUUGCCGGCCCGGCAUGCAAUGUUUAUGGAACUGACGUCGAGCAUUUGGCCUUGUCUGUCGAGUUCCAGGGCGAUGAUCGGGUUCACGUCGAAAUCCGGCCGCGUUACAUUACCCCUGGGAAUGAAACUUGGUUUCUUCUUCCGGAGGAGCUGGUCCCAAGGCCGUCGGCGAGGCAGGCGUAUACUCCUGGCCCAAACGACCUGACCGUUUCAUGGUCUAACGAUCCAAGCUUCUCCUUUACCGUAAAGCGUGGGGCAAUCGGCGACACCCUCUUUUCCACCGAAGGAAAGAGACUCGUAUACGAGGACCAGUUCAUUGAGUUCAUCUCUACACUCCCCGAAGACUACAACCUUUAUGGUCUCGGCGAGGUCAUUCACGGAUUCCGCCUGGGAAACAAUCUCACUAGGACUCUUUUCGCCGCCGACGUUGCUGACACAAUUGAUGCCAACAUCUACGGUAGCCACCCGGUCUACCUUGACACGAGAUACUUCACAGUUGACGAGUCAGGCAAGCUUACUUAUGUCGCCAAUGCAAAGGACAUGGCUGCGAAGUAUGUCUCGUAUACGCAUGGCGUAUUCCUCCGGAACGCCCAUGCCCAGGAGAUUCUUUUGCAAUCGUCCGGCAUCACAUGGAGGACGACGGGGGGGAGCAUCGACCUGUACUUCUAUAGUGGCCCAAAGGCAGAGGACGUGAUAAGGUCGUACCAGCAGUCGACAACCGGACUGCCAGCUAUGCAGCGGUACUGGACGCUUGGUUUCCAUCAGUGUCGCUGGGGUUAUGACAGCUGGGCGGUGCUACAGGAGGUGGUCGACAACUUUGCCAAGUUUGAGAUUCCCGUGGAAACCGUCUGGUGUGAGUCUCACUCGUCUGCUCCAAGAAUGGGAAGAAACGACCCCGUGCGGUUCGGCUACGAGGAAGGGGCUCGGUUCCUGGCCCAGCUUCACGCAAAUCACCAACACUACGUUCCCAUAGUGGACUCCGCCAUAUACGCCCCUAAUCCCGAGAAUCCCGGAGAUGCGUAUCCUCCAUAUGAUCGCGGAGUUGAAGCGAACGCAUUCAUGAUGAAUCCCGAUGGGUCCAUCUACUACGGCGCCGUGUGGCCCGGCUAUACUGUAUUCCCUGACUGGGUGGGCGCUGUUCUGAACGGCAGUGGCGCUAUUGACUGGUGGAUCGACGAGCUUUCCCGGUGGUCUGAGAAGGUUGCUUUUGAUGGAUUAUGGAUCGACAUGUCGGAAGUUGCCUCCUUUUGUGUUGGCAGCUGCGGCACCGGUAACUUGACGCUGAACCCGGUCCACCCACCAUUCGGACUUCCGGGAGAGGCUGGAAAUCUUGUCUUGCAAUACCCUGAAGGCUUCGAGCUCACCAAUUCAUCGGAAGCUGUUUCGGCGUCGUCUGCUCUCAGUACGCAAGAGGCUGCUUCCCCGACGACGGCGAGCCCGACGUCUUCCUUUUACCGCACCACGCCUACUCCGGGAGUGCGCAACGUGGAUUGGCCGCCCUAUGCCAUCAACAACAUCCACGGCGACUUGGCGGUCCAUGCUGUCAGCCCAAACGCUACACAUCAUGGCGGUUACCUCGAGUACGACUUUCACAACAUGUUCGGACACCAGAUUCUCAACGCCACCUAUCGUGCCCUGCUCAAAAUACACGAGGGAAAGCGGCCCUUUAUCAUAGGGCGCAGCACCUUCGCCGGGUCUGGCAAAUGGGCCGGGCACUGGGGAGGCGACAACGCGGCGCUGUGGGCAUACAUGUACUUUAGCAUCCCACAGGCGCUGUCCUUCUCGCUCUUUGGCGUGCCCAUGUUUGGUGUCGACACGUGCGGGUUCGGCGGCAACAGCAAUUACGAACUGUGCUCCCGCUGGAUGCAGCUCAGCGCCUUCUUCCCCUUCUACCGCAACCAUAACAUCCUGGGCGCUAUCCCGCAGGAACCCUAUGUCUGGGCCAGCGUCAUCGACGCCACAAAAACCGCCAUGCGCAUCCGUUACGCCUUGCUGCCGUACCUGUACACGCUCAUGGCUCGCGCCAGCCUCGAGGGGAGCACCGUCAUGCGCGCGCUGGCGUGGGAGUUCCCCGACGAGCCGUGGCUGGCCGACGCCGAUCGGCAGUUCAUGCUCGGCAGAGCCAUCAUGGUGACUCCCUGCCUGGAACAGGGCGCCAGCACCGUGAGGGGCGUAUUUCCCGGCGUCGGAGACGGCGGCAAGAAGACCGUCUGGUACGACUGGUACACGGGGAAGGCGGUAACGGACGAGAUCAAACCGGGACAGAACGUCACCAUCGAGGCGCCACUUGGUCACAUCCCUGUCUACUUGCGCGGUGGCAGUGUGGUUCCUGUUCAGGGACCCGGGAUGACGACGACGGAGAGCCGGAGAAACCCGUGGGGUCUGAUUGUGGCGCUUGAUCGGGAGGGUUUCGCGGAGGGAGAGCUUUAUCUUGACGAUGGUGAGAGCUUAGAGCCGGCGGCUGUGACUUGGGUACAAUUCACUGCCACAAAUACAUCCAUCACAGCCGUUCCUCAAGGCGACUACGUCGACAACAACACGUUUGGCAACGCCACCGUCAUGGGCUUGGCUAAGGGCCCCGUGCGGAUGUGGCUGAACAGGCGCGUGCUCGACCAUGCGAACUGGCAGUAUGACCAGGAUAGGGCAGUGCUGUUGCUGUAUGGGUUGAAUCAUCUGUUCCCCCAGGGUGCGUGGACGGAUAAAUGGGAGAUUAACUGGGAGUAAGAAUGGAGUGGCCAGGGUCAGGGUUGGGUUUAGGCUCGUUUGCAUUUUUGGCGUUUGGCUUGUCUGGUUAACCUGAAUGCUGAUGGGAUAUUGGAAACGUGUGAUGUAUCAGAGGAAAGGGUGUGCAAAUUCCGGGCGUUGGGCUGGAAAUGGGUGAGCGAUGUCGACGGGCGUUGGCGGUUGGCCAGACAUAUGAUGAAUACGAAUGAAUAGUGUGGCAUCUUAUU